UUUAGCUGCAUAUACGAUAAUUUAAAUAAUUUGUUCAAGGUUCCAACAAUGAACUGUGAAAACGAGUUUGUCGAUCUGGACAGAAUCACCAAUUCCGAAUUUAGGCAACAUAUCAAGAGUUGGAUCGAAGAACAGGGAAUCAAUGCUAACCUACAACUUCAAAUGAAGAAGGACCUAAUCGAUCAGAUCAGUCGAACUGCCUUGGGACGAAAGAUGUCUCUCAAGCUGCAAACCCAUCAAGGAAUUGUACUGUCGCCACUGGUUCUAGUCUUGAACACGCUGGUUGCUGAGUUCCUGUAUACCCAAAACUGCCACUUUACCCUGUCGGUCUUUAGCAAUGAGGUUCCGUUUAAGAAUACCUUGCCCGAUUUCACCAAGUCCACAAAUUUUCGGUUGCAGCGCACAGAACUGAGGGAAAUCUUUGAAGCCCUUGGAAUUGAGCACUACUCGGGGUUGGUUGAAAAGUACGAAUCAAAAACAACUAAAGACGGUGCCAAAUCCCUCAUCUAUAUAAUAUUCAAAUCCAUGCUAGCAUCCGUUAAGUCCUAUGAGAAUAAGAUUAAAAGUCAACAGAAGCAGGAAGUGGAACGAGAGACAAACAAAUCCCUGCUGAAUGAGUUAGGUAUGGAGAAGCUGCACCGAAAUGUGGAGAAGCUGCUGCACAGGGUAAAAGUCGUUAAUAAAAGUAUCGAACGAAUCGAAGAGUUGCAUCGAAACGACAAUCGUGAAGAUAGCCGCGAAGAAGAGACCCAAUCGUUGAAGGUUUGUACGGAAAAUGUGCAAAAGUUAGUUAGCAAAUUGGAGAUUUGUUCUUCUAAUUUCGAGAGAGUUGUCGAAAAGCUACAAGAACAAACAGAACAAAAAAUUGAAGUGGUUGAAGAAAAGCCUCCAGAUGAUGAAGCCAAAAAGCCUGCAAAGAAAACAUAUACAGAUUUUUUGAAUGAGCUAAAAAGUACUGAGUACGGUAAGAAAUAUGUUGCGAAACUGCAGAAGCAAAUACUAAAACUGAUGGAUAAGGAGAAAGCCUUAAUUGAGGCUAAAUUUUUAGAGAAAUUACAUCGUGCAGAAUUAGAGUACAAAUCCAAGUUAGAAAACUUGCUUUCUGAACGAAUCAAAGAACUGCCGGUUGAUGUUCGACGUUCGCCAAAACUCCCAAACCAAACCGACGAAACCGAAGAAAGUACACUUUUCAUGAAAAAGAUUGAUGAAAAACUAGACAUGCUCUAUCAACACGAGAAGAAUGUCAACGAAAAGUUGGUUACGCUAAAAGACAAUUUGGAACAGCAAGAACGUAGACAUAGCAAACAUUUUCAAACACUAAAGGCAGCCGAAACGAAAGAGAAAAGACUGUUGGUUCUGCAGGACGUGGAAAGGCAACUUCUAGCAACGUUCGAAGACGAAACCCAAGCUGUCGUACGAAAUGCAAAGGCAACUAUCGAACAAUUGGAAAGUGAAAACAAUAGGAUUAACCGCUCAUUCCAGUUAUAUUUGCAUAAACAAAGGGAGGAUAAGCGAAAACUUAACGAUGAAAAGGUUCAAAUUUGGCAGAAAUACAAUGAAGAUAAGCUGGAAUUUAACCAACGUGAAUUGAUGGAGUUUAAUGAAUCCUCGCAAACGGUACCGGUGAUUAAAGAAGUUGUUGUACCACACAACGAUGAUUUUCCCAAAAUGCCUACGUUUGAAAACCCUUUCAGAAAUUUUGAUCCACGCAAAUAUCUUAAGAGAUCAAAAGUUUGCAAUAUACAGUUUGUCCCUGAACCACUCGAUGUAGUUGAUGUAGCAGUAAAUACCUCAUUCGAACCAAAUCCACAAUCUUCAUCCGUAGCUGUCAGAGGAAAGACGCCUAAUAAUGUAAAUUUUGCGGAAGCAGCUAGUUUAUGGGACAAAGAAACAACCUUUAUACCUACAGAUAAAGCUCCUAAACCAUCUUCAGCCGAAUCCCAAACAAACGUCAAUUGCAAUACUAGCAAAGAGAGAAACGCGCCUCAAGCGGAAUCUAAACUAAGCAAACUAUUAGCUACUGAUACUCGAAAUCUCAAGAAAAGUAUUGAGAAAAACUUACAAAAACUUGAUCAAAUGAGUAAGACCUACACAAAGUCCAGCACGUCGUCGUCGGAUAGGCAGGAAAAUACAUACAACAUAAAACCUACGAUCGAAACGGAAAAAAUAAUCGAAAAGGCGAGUUUGGAUGAUUUAUCCAGCGCGGCAGAGUUAGAGCUUUCCGAUAAGGAUCUACCCAACGAAGGAAGUCCCAAGGAGCGAACAGCAGACGCUAACGUAGAUAUUCUCAAUCUAAACACCACCCGUGAGUUACUUGAUUUUGCCCGGGAUAAUUUCCCCAUCGAUGAUGGCAUGGUGAAGGAGACCGGUGUUAAUAAAGAGAAGAAACUUUCUCUGGAACUGAUGUCGUUGGGAUCGCUAAGUGAUUUGGACAUCAGCGGCGAUAGCCAAUCGGUACACGUGACUGAUGGAGCGGACAGUUCAUUAGAUAGAUUAGAACAAAUUUCAACCGGCCAACGUUCCGGUUCCGAUAAAAGUUGGAGUUAGGUGUUCAAGUGCGAUUUUUGAAUUACGCGAAAAGAUUUUACAUUUGUAAUUUAGUAGUUAACCUAAAAAGACAAAUAUGAAAUAAAACUAAACGCCAUACAAAUUGUUCUAAGCUAUUUCUACUUCUACUGUCGACUAUUA